CUAGCUUGUAGCCUUUAGCUCUCGGUGUGACAGUCGGUGAGGAGCGGAGAGAUGUCGGGCGUCUGAGAGCGGGACUGACGGGACUGACGGGGUUUGGAAAGCAGACCGGACCCCUCUGGAAUGAGGUCUGGUGAUAAGAACCAGACCGGGGAAAUAACAACAACCAUGGUGACCAAGAAAAUCCGGACAGAGUACAUGAAGAAGUUCAGGGAUCCCAAAUGGGAGACGUUCUCCAAAUGUUACGAGGACUCUCUGAAGUACCGUCUGACCCGGCGGGUGAUGGAGCAUUCCCACAAGCCCUGGUUCUGGGAGGGCUUGGACAGCGGCUCCGAGUCCAGCGGCUGGUCCACGCCGAGGAUGACCAGGAACAAAGUCGCCCCGCUGUCCCUCCCACCGCCGCCGCCGUCCUCAGAGGUGAAACAGAUUCUGUCCAGCCCCGGGGCGAAACCGCCCUCUGAGGAAGGACAGACGGAGGUGCGAGGUGGAGAAACAGAGGUAGACGCUGCACCGACCGCAGUUGUAGAAAACGGUGUGAACGAAGCCAGCGGUGGUUCUGUGACGGCGGCUCUAAACCCCGGUGGAUCCUCAGAGGACACGGAGACGGACAACGGUCCCGCCGACACCACGUCUUCUGACGGGGAGCCGGUGAACCCCGUACCAAAGCGCCGCCCCCGCCGCCGCACCCCUCGGCCUGAGCCGGUACACCGGGACAGUUCCCAUGACGACAAACCAGUCGUGGUCCACAAAACGCCGAGAGCGAAGAGCCAACCACCAAUCAGCAGCAAGGAGAAGGAGAACCGGAGGCCGUCCAGCCGGCUGGACUGGACCGAGAGACACACGGAGGUCAAGAGGACGAAUGAGUGCAACACGUCCGACGCCUGCGUUCAAACCCGCCGGGAGUUCGACAAACGUGGCUCCAACCCGGACCGCCGGCGGGCUCGGUCAGCCGACCUGGAGAAGACGAGGCAGUCGCAGCUGACGGUGGUGGUGGAGGACCGCUGGAUGACGGAGUACAUGCGCUGCUUCUCCGCCCGGCUGAGGUAGAGACGGGACUCUAACCCCCGACCCCUAAAACACCACGUUCCCUUAUCAGACGGUGGAACACGGGUCGGGAGACAAACUGAGAGCCAUGUUGUCUCGUUAAAGUCCCAUCAGUGUCCUUUAGAGUGAGCCGCUGCUGUCGAGGAGAGAAAAAAACACCCAAAAGUGUCUGAAUUUUGAAGUUUAUAUGGUCAUUUAUGUGGAAUUUAAAUGUCUAAAGGCAUUCAUCAAACAUUAAACAAGAUGGGAUCCAUGAUAGUGGAAGCUUUGGAUCAGGUGAAUCCACAUUAUAUAUCAAGUGCAGCUCACAAACAGACAUAAAUUAGCAAAAAUAAAUCUAUUUAACUGCAGAAAUAUCAUUAAAACACGGUGAACACCUACAGCGUUUUGUUUAAACCUCUCUCCACUGAUAAAACACAUGUAUUUGAUAGAAAAUCAGAUUAUAAAUGAUAAGUAUUUUCAUUUAAAGUUACUAUUUCCUCCUAAAAUACACUUUUAUAGGGUUGUUUGCAGUAUUAUGCAUUGUUAAAAGACCCUGUGGGGUUUUACUUUACUGCCCUGGAGAUCCCUAGUUGACGUUUGUGAACAGGAAUCUACACCUAUCUCUAUAUCUCGAAUUAUUUCUGUUCAUUUCUAAAACUAUUUGUAUUUCCUUUCUCUUUUAAAAUGUGGGUUUUUUUAGCCCGACAGCAGCGGAACGGUUUUGUUCCUCAGAUGUGGUGGACUGAAGUGUUUUUUCUGUGUUGAUGUAGAAGCUGUUUGAUAAUGAACAAACAUCGGAGAGAAUUUACUCUUUCUAAGCUUUUAUUUAAAAAAAAGAAAAAGGUCAGAUAACUAUUUGAAUGUACUUUAUUUAUAAGCAUGAAAGACUCCAAACAAACUGCUGUGCUUUACUUGUUUAGUCAUGUUUUAGUUUUCUUUCACAAA